AUGUCCAGCUAUUUCCCGCCGACAGUUUACGAGCGCCUGCCCGACUACGGCGAUAGUCCCGUCGGGGAGGGCAUCCCACUCUACGCGCAGAGUCCACAGAGCAUGCAGACUCCGCAAAGCCUGCGGAAUCCACAGAGCGCGCAGCGGCAGCGACAGGGCUCGUCGUUCUCGAGCACGGCGCCCACCUACUACGACCACGAGGCGCUUCUGGAGCAGCCGACGCAGUACUCGCCGCACUCGCCGCCAACCCCGCAAACGCCGUUCCCGCACCCCACGCACCGCGAGUCGGCAAUAUACCUGCCGCCAGCCAAGAACCAGCUGCGGCACCAGUACCGGCGGAUAAAACAGUUCCGGCGGAUUUCGCUGCGGAUCCUGGCCCGCUGGCUGCUGAGCUGUGUGUUGGCCGCCGCCACUACCGGCCUCUUCAUGCAGUACCAGCAUAAGGGCGUGCUGAAUGGCACCGAGAAACAUGUCUUCAAUGCCCUCUAUCUGGGCGUGUCGUUGAUGUAUGGUUUGAACCUCGUGGCGAGCUUUAAGAGUAUGGCUCUCAUCUUUAGGUGGAAGGUGUUAGCUAGUACGGCGUACGGUGGACAUUCGGCCAAGGAGCUGGAUCUCAUCCUGGGCAUGUCGAGUUACGGCACGGCGACGAGGCUGUUGAAACAUUGGCGUGGGAAGCCAAAGUAUUUCAUAUUUAUGGCAAGCUGGAUCCUCCUGGGAAUAACGGCGCAAGUGGGGCUCGCAGCACUCGGUCUCACCUUCAACCACGACAACGAAGGCGCGCAGAGAAUCGUGCCCGGACUCGUCAACUCCACCAAGCUGAACUUUUACCAGUCACAGGACCCGAACGAGUGGCCAAUGUAUUUCGCACAGAAUUAUGUAGCGCAUCUGUAUGGAGACACAUCCAUCAACCUUCUAGAUCGGAACGAAGGAGAGAAAUUGCGUGACGACCAGGAUUACAAUUCCAUCGACCUCGUCUACGUCAAUGCUACGAAUGAAUUCAAGUACUACUUCGAGGAAUCAGCAUACAAUCCCCAAGGCCGGGAUAGGAUGGCUAAGUCCAAACGGUUCGUUACGAUAGCCACGAAGUGCAAAUGGAGUCCUAUCGUCACCGGGCAGUUGGGCGACGGCGUUGACUUCAUAGCCGUCGAUACCGACGGCGACGGUACCAGCAAAAACCUAACGGAACACCCGUGGGUACAGGGAGAAAGCGGGCAAUCAACCACGCUCUACGGCAACCCCAGCCUCGGCGCGAACGCCACCGAAUUGCAAGACCUCAGGGACGGGGGUACUAACAUCGCCGACCAACCCAGCUGCGGCCCUCGCUGCGGCAUAACCUAUGUCUACCGCUUCAUACGCUCGGAAGAAAUAUCCGACGACGUAGACGCGCCCUACCCCAACGGCGACUUCUUCAACUGUUCCACGACCAUCUCGCAAGUGCACGGCGCCAUCAUUCCGCAACACAUGAUGUCGGACCAGCUCGCGCGGAACGCCGCCGCGGCCAUCGGCUCCAACGUGAUCUGGAAGUGGACAGAGGACUACACGUUCCAGAGCGCCACAUACAACAGCGCCUCACGCUGGGACAACUGGCAGGGUCGCACUGGCGCCGCGGCCACAAACGUCGCGGAAUACAACAUUGCGCGCUUCGCCACGGGCAGUCUCGCGAUAUUGGACGAAUCCAACCGCAAGAUAGAAAUGCCCGGGAUGCGCCCCGAGGAGGGCGUCGUCCUCAGCGUAAAGUGGAUCUAUGUCUGGCUCACGUGGGGACUGCUCCUGGGCACGCAGUUUGUCGUCGGCGUUGUCACCGUGGUUAAGGGGAACACGGUCUUCUGCAAAGACGAGUCGUUCCUUAGCACUGCAAGGCUGCUACGCCCGCUCGUGGAUCGCCUCGGCGAUAAUGGCUCCUCCGCUGAUGGCGCCGAGAUCGCGGAAAUGUUUGGGAAUACUCAUAUGCGCUACGGCGUAAGGAGGGAUACGGGGAUGAAUAGGCUGGAUAUCUUGAUGGACUCGCCGGCUGAUGGAAAGGAGGGACAUGGAGGCGUGAAUGGGGUCGGCUGGCCGAGGGGUUAUUACGAGUAG